AUGGAGGAGGGCAGGCCCCGGAGCAGCCUCAGCCUGGCCAGCAGCGCCUCCACCAUCUCCUCGCUCAGCAGCCUGGGCGCCAAGAAGCCCCCCCGGGCGGUGAGCAAGGUGCACGCCUUCGGGAAGAGAGGCAAUGCGCUCAGAAGGGACCCCAACCUCCCGGUGCACAUCAGAGGCUGGCUGCAUAAGCAGGACAGCUCGGGGCUCCGGCUCUGGAAGCGCCGCUGGUUCGUUCUCUCUGGCCACUGCCUCUUCUACUACAAGGACAGCCGCGAGGAGAGUGUCCUGGGCAGCGUUCUGCUCCCCAGCUAUAGUGUCCGGCCAGACGGGCCAGGAGCCCCCCGCGGGCGGCGCUUCACCUUCACCGCCGAGCACCCGGGCAUGCGGACCUACGUGCUGGCGGCGGACACGCUGGAGGACCUGCGGGGCUGGGUGCGUGCGCUGGGCAGGGCGUCCCGCGCGGAGGGAGAAGAUGGUGGGCGGCCCAGGUCCCCCGCACGUCCCCAGCCUGGGGAGGGCCCGGGCGGCCCCGGUGGUCCUCCGGAGGUGAACCAGGGGGACGAGGGGCCCAGCUUAGAAUCGCCGCAAGUGGCUCGGCUGUCCAGAGAGCGUGGCCGCCCCGGGCCGCUCCCUCCCGCUUCCACAGCCGACCUCCAGUCUGGAUCCGGGAUUCGGAGGACCAGGAGCCCCGACCUGUUCACGCCCCUCUCUCGCCCGCCCUCCCCGCUGAGCCUCCCGCGGCCCCGGUCUGCGCCCGCACGCAGGCUCCCGCCCUCCUCCUCCUCCUCCGGGGACCCCGCGCUCCCCGCCAGGCCCCACACCCCGCUGAGCCGCAUCGACGUGCGCCCCCCCUCGGAAUGGGGCCCCCAGCGCCAGGCCCUGGCCCGGCCCCCCACUCCCCGCCGAGCACCCUCCUCCGAGGCCGGGGGAGGGAGGCCGCCCAGGAGCCCCCAGCACUGGCCCCCGGAGGCCAGGACCCAGGCCCCUUCUGGCUCCUCCACUUACAUCCAGCUUCCCCCAAGAUCUCCUGGGACCCGGGCUUCCCUGGUUUUACUGCCGGGCCCUCCCCUGGACUCCUCCUUCCACCAGAGCUUGGAGACAGAUACUCUGUUGACCAAGCUGUGUGGGCAGGACCGGCUGCUGAAGAGGCUGCAGGAAGAGAUAGACCAGAGGCAGGAGGAGAAGGAGCAGCUGGAAGCAGCCCUAGAGUUGACCAGGCAGCAGCUGGGCCAGGCAGCCAGGGAGGCUGCGGCUCCACCGAGGGCCUGGGGGCGCCAGCGCCUCCUGCAGGACCGGCUGGUCAGUGUGAGGGCCACUCUUUGUCACUUGACUCAGGAGCGUGAGCGGGUUUGGGACGCCUACAGCGGCCUGGAGCAGGAGCUGGGCACCGUGAGAGAGACCCUGGAGUGCCUGCUGCACCUCGGGUCCCCGCAGGACAGAACGUCUGCUCAGCAACAGCUGUGGAUGAUGGAAGACACCCUGGCAGGUCUGGGGGGCCCCCAGAAACCGCCCCAAAGCACGGAGCCUGACUCCCCAUCUCCUGCUCUCCAAGGCGAGGAGUCUUCAGAGAGAGAGAGUCUGCCUGAGUCCCUGGAACUGAGCUCACCCCGGUCCCCAGAGGCCGACUGGGGGCGGCCCCCUGGGGGGGACCGAGGCCUUGCCAGCCCUCGCUCAGGUGUGGGAUCUCCCAGGACCCCCCAGGCUUCGAGCCCCGAGGGUCGCUGCCCUCCCUCCCCGCAGCCAGGCACCAAGGCCCCCCAGGCCCGGCCCCGGAUGAGCGCCCAGGAGCAGCUGGAGCGGAUCCGCAGGAACCAGGAGAGCGGCCGGCCUCUGCCCCGCCCCGCGGCCCCGCGGCUCCUCACCCUGGGGCGGGCCCUGUCCCCCGCCCGCGGCCAGCCAGACCUGGAGCGAAGGCCCGGCCUGGCACACGCAGGAGCCCAGAAAUGGCUCAGGAGCUCCGGGUCCUGGAGCAGUUCGAGGAACACCGCCCCUUACAUUCCCAUGUCCGAAGGCCAUCGGGAGCGAGUCCUCAGCCUCUCCCAAGCUCUGGCCGCGGAGGCCUCGCAGUGGCACCGAAUGAUGACAGGCGGGAAUUUGGACUCGGGAGGGGAACCUCCUCCCCCGGUGCCGCCGCCGCCGUCCAACCCCAAGCCCGCGCUGGCCUCGCCCCCUCGCUCUCCUCGGGCGGCCGGUUCCCGCUCCCCGGGGCUCGCCCGCGGGGGCAGCGGGCGCGGCGCCGGCCCCGCCUCCUGGGCGGUGCCCACCUGGGACCCGGGGGCGGCGCCGCCCGCCCUGGCGCCGGACGAGGGGGCGUGGCCUCUUCGCGUCACUCUGCUGCAGUCCAGCUUCUGA